AUGGCUAUCUCUAAUCCGAGCAACGGCGUCAAUGGGGUGGGACACCAGAUCUCACCAUCCUUGAAUGGCAACCACAUAAAUGAUACACCUCUAGAGGUACCAGUACUUAUCAUCGGUGGAGGACCGACUGGUCUGCUUCAAGCUUAUCUCCUGGCACGACUUCAAGUCAAAUGCUUGAUCAUCGAACGCUAUCCAGAAAGGCUUGGGGCACCCAAAGCUCACGCACUGUCUCCAAGGUCCCUCGAGAUAUGCCGACAGUUCAAUUUGGACGUGCGGAAGAUUCGCCAACUCGGUACUAAGAGAGCAGAUGCAUUCUGGGUGAAUUUUCUCACAAACCUGAGCGGCAAAUCAGUGGGGGUUCUGCCAUAUGAACGGAUGGACGUUGGCGUGCUUGAGCAUACUCCAGAGAUGAUCCAUAAUAUUCCACAACCAACGUUCGAAGAUUUCCUGACAGAUGUUAUUUCUGGAGAAAGGAAUGUCGAUCUUCGAAAAGGAAUAUCCUUUGUGUCCCUAGAACAGCUUGAUGGUGAGGUUAUUACCACCGUCGAAGAAAGAGCCACUGGGCAUCGGUACCAGAUCAGAUCCAAAUACGUCAUUGGUUGCGAUGGUGCAAGAAGCAAAGUCCGCACGUGUUUGGGCAUUGAAAGUGAGGGCGAAGACUCAUAUGAAACCAUGAUGACCAUCCAUUUCAAUGCGAAUCUCCGGCCCAUCGUAGGAGAUCGUGUGGGUAUGCUUCACUGGAUCAUGGACCCGGAAGCAUCGGGUUUUAUCAUUGCUUAUGACUUGUCAGGGGAUGCCGUACUUAUCAGCAACUUCGAUCCAAAACGGAACCCGGUCGAAUGCUGGAAUCAAGAACUGUGCCGGAAAGUUGUGACCAGUGCUUUGGGAGUCGAAACUCCUUUCCAAAUUCACAGUUAUCGUCCAUGGCUACUGAGUCGGAAAGUUGCCAAAUCUUAUCGAUCUGGAAACGUUUUCUUGGCUGGAGAUGCUGCUCACUCCUUCCCACCUACUGGUGGUCUUGGUCUCAACUCAGGCUUGGGGGAUGUUCACAACUUGGCGUACAAAAUCGCUAUGGUACUCAAUGGCGACGCGUCAGAUGGUCUUUUGGACACAUACGAAUCUGAUAGAAGGCAUGUCGCAAUGGUAAACUCGAUGCAAAGUGUCAAAAACGGACAAGAGAUCUUCCGUUUGCUCAAACUCCUGGGAAUAGGCGAUGAUGUGGCGCAGGCGCGCAAGAACCUUUAUACCUCGCUCAACGACCCAAUGAAGACAAAGUUGAUCGAUGAGGGGAUUGAAGGUCAGAGAGAACAUUUUGAUAAUCUCGAAUUGCAUAUUGGUUACGUGUAUGGUUCUCGAACCAUUCCACCGCAUGCAUCACAUUAUGAGCCCAAGUUCACAGUAGGGGCAAGGCUUCCACAUACUUGGAUCGCCGUCAAGGAGAGUGAUCUUCAGCCUGUAGACGUUUCAUAUGUUACAGAGCUAUCCCCUGAGGACGUCCAACGUCGCACAUACAGCGUUCUCGAUCUCUGCGCGCCAAACCGAUUCACGCUCAUCGGUGACCUUGAGGUUCCUGGUGUGAAGACAGUCCGGCUGGGUCAAGGUUUUGAUGUUGUUCGCCCAGAAGGAGACUCGUGGCUAAGCCAGAGUGGGAUAUCCGAGGGAGGAGGAUUCCUAGUCCGACCUGACCAGCACAUCUUGAUGGUCCUGACUGCUGAUACGACAAGUCAAGACGUUCAGAAAGCAAUUAAGGAGCACCUAUGCUUGUAA